AUGACGACCACAUCACCCACCCCCAGGAUCGUGGAACCGGCCGGUCAGCAGCAAAGCCCCCUCUGCCGCCUGCCUCGCGAGCUGCGCGAUGAGAUCUACGACUACUACGCCUAUGACGAAGAGGGUCUGGCAUACGACUACUCUUCGAAGACACUGAAGUAUGCCAGUGGGGCAGAGCUCAGCCUGCCGCUUACUUGCAAGAUGGUAGCUAAUGAGAUGAAGGGCACCCAUCUACGUGUGAAUACCGUCACGUUCAUCCCUUGUUGCUCGAAUACCGACGAGGAUAGACUUUGUGAGCGGCGUUCACUAGCAGGCAGGUUUGAGCAUCUAUUGAGGUCAGCUCGACUGACAAAGCUGAACAUGCUCAAUUACGCCGCGGAGUGCGUGACUAAAGACGUCAUCGAAAAGGUCAUAGAAGUAUAUCCAGCCGUCCGCGACGCUUUCCAGUCUUUUUUCCACGCAAACCGACCAGGCUUCGAUCUUUCUCAUAUAGAAUGGACUGCCCAUAUACCACGAGAUCUCUUCACUACAUCUUUCUGCGACGCAGUACAGUACGCUCUGGACCUUACUUCGCCUCAUCCCAAAUUCCAAGAACUCAUCUCCAAGGCCUGCGAAAUGCCGCGAGACUACACGUAUGGCGACCCAUUGUUCAUUCCGGGAUCGCAUCAACAGGUCCUCGAAUGGCGGCCCGCCCUAUGGCUAAUCCCCUCUCAUGACGACCUUUUCCCUAUGGAAGAAUUGUUAACUGAUGCCCAAUGUCCAACAACGGAGUGCGAGAAACGUCAUCGAAGGAUCAACUUCUAUUUCUCGGCAGCCGCUGUAUGUAUCGCCAGGCUCAGCAAGCUCACACCUAGCAUUCGCAAAGAGCUGCGCUCCAUCAUACUCCAAGAGGAUUGCAAAAGUGUCGGUAACCCCGAGGUCCAUGCCGAAGGCCUCAUCAAGUACUGUACGGAGAACGGCAAGCUGCGAUUCCAGAUGCAAGCAAGCUUCUCUACUUUGCUUGCUCCGGCGUUCUGGUCCCUCCCGGGUCGGCUGUUGAACGAUCCUGAUACAGAAACACGCAUUCACGUGUACGCUUAUAUUCGCAUUCUGUUGGAUUGGGUGAUGCGCACAACUGCAUUGGCCAAACUCGGGAUGCCAAAAAGGUCUUUCACCGUGGUUCUUGACGCUCGUUCUGAGCAAGCUACCUACAUAUGGCAGUACUUCUCCAACGCUGCAUCUACAAGACUUCACUGCCCAAAAGAGCUUAUAUCUAGUAGCGGAUCUCAAGAAGCUGGUUUGUUCCUCAUGUACGCGUUCAUAUGGCAACUGCCUGUGGAGCUCUGGUCUAUAGUGGUGGACAUCAUCAACGAUGAGUCCAUGAUUCGGCUCAAGAUUCCUGACAGCGAGCGCUUCAAGCAAUGGACGUAUGUACAGCCAUAUGAUACGUGGACAUUUGGGGACUGGUUUCGGGCUUACACACCGACCCAGGAUGAAGUCAUGUUUCCUGGCGAUGCAGAAGCAUACCGUCGAAAGUAUUUCGAGGAGCGUUCUUGA